CAGGACAUCCUGUCCGCCCUGCUGCAUGCUGCUGUGGAGUCGGCUUCAGCGGCGGCGGCGGCGGGGGGUACGGCACCGCUCACGCCGCCCCUGCGGACGGCAGCACCGAAGACGUCAGACAUGUCGACCUCACUCCAGCAGCGGCAGCAGCAGUUGACACGUCAGUUGGUGUUGGACAUCGUACAUUCCGCUGCCGAGCUGCAACGCCGUGUUUCCCUAACCACCACCACCGCCGCCGCCGUCGCAUCAGCUGAGGGCCGCGGCCUUUCCUCCUCCAACCGCCAGCAUUCUUUCGCCGCCGCUCCUGCCCGCUCCACGGCCGCAUCGGCCCCUCCAGUCAGGCUGAGUGCGAGGAUGCUGGAGGGCCUAGCAGCAGCACAGGGGCUUGUGGACCAACAUUGGGAUGAGAUUCCCAUGCAGGGGUUGCUGCAGUACGGCUCCGAUAUGGAGACGUUGUGCGGCAGUGUCCCACGGGUCGCUGCGCUCGCGGAAUGUGCCAUGCUGCUUCCUGCUCUGAGAGAUGUACGGCAGGGAUUGGAGCAACUCCAACAACAGCUAAGCCCCCUGCAGCAACAACAACAACAAGCCGCAACGAAGGCCCCCCUCUCCGCCGCCUCCUUCAACCCUGACUUCAACUCCGCCUCCGUCGGCAAAUCCUGG